AAAAGAGUAAAAGGCGAAUAAAAAAGCUAAAACAAAAAAAGAGAAAAAGAAAUAUUGUUCAACAAGUCAAACGAGUUCUUUUUUCUUUUUGGCUCGCUUUGGCCGUGUGGCACAAACAACAACAGCAGCAACAACAACGCGACUCCAACAUUGUGUGGUGUGUGGUGGCAGAGGCAGAGGCAGAGGCAGCAGCUCUGCAAUUGUUGGUGUAUUUGCGCCUUUGGUGAAAAAUAUUGGCAGCAGCCGCAGCCCCCUCUUGGGAGGGAAAACACGGAACCGAAACAGAGGCCACCGCAAAAUCUUUCUUCAUGAAAAUGGUGGAACGAUGCAACCAGCGCCAUGCGGCAACACACGAGUAGCGCCAUGAGUGCAGCAUUGGCAUCCACAGCGAUGCAGCCGCAGCCGCAGACGCAGCUGAAAACUGCGACCAGAAACCACCAAAACACAAUGACAGCAGCAGCCACCACAGUGCACAGUGUCCACAGUGCACCCUCAAAGGAUUACACAAUGUUCCAUCGCUGCCGGAGACGCAUAGCCACUCCACCGCUCCUCCUGCUGCUGUGCCUGUGCCUGUUGCAUGCCACACAGGCGGCAUCCAGCGACAAGGAGCGGGAGCGCAAGCUGGAGGUGUUCGAGGGCGUGCCCGUGGACCACCAAAUCGGUUACAUUGGCGACUUCGAUGGCAUCGACAGCGGGCCGCCCUACAUUAUUGUGGCGGAGGCGGGCGUCGAGACGGAUCUGGCCAUAGACCGCACGACCGGAGAGAUACGCACGAAGGUCCGGCUGGACAGGGAGACGCGCGCCUCCUACAGCCUGGUGGCCAUUCCGCUGAGCGGACUCAAUGUCCGUGUGGUGGUCACCGUCAAGGAUGAGAAUGAUAAUGCGCCAACGUUCCCGCAGCCCGCGAUGCACAUUGAGUUCCCGGAGAACACGCCGCGGGAGGUGAAGCGCACGCUGCUGCCCGCGCGGGAUCUCGACCUGGAGCCGUACAACACGCAGCGCUACAACAUUGUGUCCGGCAAUGUCAAUGACGCGUUCAGACUCAGCUCCCACAGGGAGCGCGAUGGCGUGCUCUAUUUGGAUCUGCAGAUCAGCGGCUUCCUCGAUCGCGAGACCACGCCCGGCUACAGUUUGCUCAUCGAGGCGCUGGAUGGCGGCACGCCGCCACUGCGUGGCCUCAUGACUGUCAACAUAACCAUUCAGGAUGUGAAUGACAAUCAGCCGAUCUUCAAUCAGAGUCGUUACUUUGCCACCGUGCCGGAGAAUGCCACCGUGGGCACGAGUGUGCUGCAGGUUUAUGCCUCGGACACGGACGCCGAGGAGAAUGGCCUCGUGGAAUAUGCCAUCAACCGGCGGCAGAGCGACAAGGAGCAAAUGUUUCGCAUUGAUCCGCAAACGGGAGCAAUCUUUAUCAACAAAGCGUUGGAUUUUGAGACCAAGGAGCUGCACGAGCUCGUCGUCGUGGCCAAGGACCACGGCGAACAGCCGCUGGAGACGACGGCCUUCGUGUCCAUCCGUGUGACCGAUGUGAAUGACAAUCAGCCGACGAUCAAUGUGAUUUUUCUCAGCGAUGAUGCCUCGCCCAAGAUCUCAGAGUCCGCGCAGCCGGGGGAGUUUGUGGCACGCAUUUCGGUGCACGAUCCCGACUCCAAGACGGAGUACUCGAACGUGAACGUCUCGCUGAAUGGCGGCGAUGGACACUUUGCUUUAACGACACGGGACAGCAGCAUUUACUUGGUGAUUGUUAAUCUGCCGCUGGAUCGGGAGUCCACCUCGAACUACACGCUCAGUGUGGUGGCCACGGACAAGGGCUCACCGCCGUUGCAUGCCUCCAAAUCGAUAUUCCUGCGCAUCACCGAUGUCAACGACAAUCCGCCGGAGUUCGAGCAGGAAUUGUAUCACGCGAAUGUCAUGGAGGUGGCAGAUCCGGGCACAUCCGUGCUGCAGGUGCUGGCACACGAUCGCGAUGAGGGUUUGAACUCGGCUCUGAGCUACGCGCUGGCGGAGACACCCGAGACGCAUGCGCAGUGGUUCCAGAUUGAUGCCCAGUCGGGGCUGAUCACCACCCGCUCGCACAUUGAUUGCGAAACGGAGCCGGUGCCGCAGCUGACGGUGAUUGCCAGGGAUGGCGGACAGCCGCCACUGUCAUCCACGGCCACCGUGCUCGUCACCAUCCACGACGUCAACGACAAUGAGCCGAUCUUCGAUCAGAGCUUCUACAAUGUCUCAGUGGCCGAGAACGAGCCCGUCGGCAGGUGCAUACUGAAGGUCUCCGCCAGCGAUCCCGAUUGCGGUGUCAAUGCCAUGGUCAACUACACUUUGGGCGAGGGCUUCAAGCACCUCACGGAGUUCGAGGUGCGCUCCGCCUCGGGUGAGAUUUGCAUUGCCGGGGAGCUGGACUUUGAGCGGCGAAGCAGCUACGAGUUUCCCGUGCUGGCCACCGAUCGUGGUGGACUGAGCACCACGGCCAUGAUCAAGAUGCAGCUGACGGAUGUCAACGACAAUCGUCCGGUGUUCUAUCCGCGGGAGUACAAUGUGUCGCUGAAGGAGUCGCCGCAGCAGACGCAGCCGCCAGCUGCGAGCAUACCCGUGGUGGCUGUGGUGGCCACCGAUGCGGAUUCGGGCAGCUUCGGGCAGGUCUCGUAUCGCAUUGUGGCCGGCAACGAGGCGGGCAUUUUCCGCAUCGAUCGCUCCUCGGGGGAGAUCUUCGUCACACGCCCCGACUCGCUCUCCGUGCGCACACAGCCGAUGCACAUGCUCAACAUUUCGGCCACCGAUGGUGGAGGUCUGCGCACCAGCUACGAUGCCGUUGUCUUCCUCAGCAUCAUCGAUGCCCUGCAACGGCCACCGAUCUUCGAGAAGGCGCGCUACAACUACUACGUCAAGGAGGAUAUUCCGCGUGGCACCGUCGUUGGCUCUGUGAUAGCCACAAGCGGCGAUACCGCCCAUCGAAGUCCCGUGCGCUACUCGAUAUACUCUGGCGAUCCCGAUGGUUACUUCAGCAUUGAGGCCAGCUCCGGCAACAUCAGGAUUGCACGUCCAUUGGAUCACGAGGCCAAGGCACAGGUGCUGCUGAAUAUUCAAGCCACGCUCGGGGAACCACCUGUCUAUGGCCACACACAAGUCAACAUCGAAGUGGAGGAUGUGAACGACAAUGCGCCGGAGUUCGAGGCGAGUCUGGUGCGCAUCUCUGUGCCGGAGAACGCCGAUCUGGGCACACCGCUCUAUGCGGCCCACGCACACGACAAGGACUCCGGCAGCAGCGGCCAAGUGACCUACAGCCUGGCCCGCGAGAAGCAGCUCUUUGCCAUAGAUCCGCGCUCCGGGCACCUCGUGUUGUCGCAGCAUUUGGAUUAUGAGUCCUCGCAGCGCCACUCGCUGAUUGUCACUGCCACGGAUGGCGGCGUGCCGCCGCUGGCCACCAACUUGACGAUACUGGUGGAUGUGCAGGAUGUGAACGACAAUCCGCCGGUGUUUGAGCGUGAGGAGUAUGCCGUGAAUGUGUCCGAAUCGCGCGCCGUGAACUCGCAGAUUGUUCAGGUGAAUGCCACAGAUCUGGAUACGGGCAACAAUGCGAGGAUUACCUAUCGCAUUGUGGAUGCUGGCGCGGACAAUGCCACAGUCGCUCCCGGUGUUGCCUCCGAUGUGGCACUGCACUUUGGCAUCUUCCCCAACUCGGGCUGGAUCUACCUUCGUGCUCCCUUGGAUCGGGAGACGCGUGAUCGCUACCAGCUUGUGGUCCUCGCCACGGACAACGGCACACCCGCAGCUCAUGCCAGGACACGCGUUGUGGUUCGUGUCCUCGAUGCCAACGACAAUGAUCCGCGCUUCCAGCGAGCCCAAUACGAGUUCCGCAUCGAGGAGAAUCUGCGCCGUGGCUCUGUUGUGGGUGUGGUAACGGCCAGGGAUCUGGAUCUGGGGGAGAAUGCUGCCAUACGUUAUAGUUUGCUGCCCGCAAACAGCAGCUUUCAGGUGCAUCCCGUCACAGGUGAAAUCUCAACGCGGGAGCCACUCGAUCGGGAGCUGCGUGAGCUGUACGAUCUGGUGGUGGAGGCUCGCGAUCAGGGCAUGCCCGUGCGCAGUGCCCGUGUGCCGGUGCGCGUGCACGUGAGCGAUGUGAACGACAAUGCGCCGGAGAUAGCCGACCCGCAGGAGGAUGUGGUGAGUGUGCGGGAGGAGCAGCCACCCGGCACAGAGGUGGUGCGCAUCCGGGCCAUUGACCGUGAUCACGGGCAGAAUGCAUCCAUCACCUACUCGAUCGUGAAGGGUCGCGACUCGGAUGGUCAUGGCUUGUUCAGCAUCGAUGCCGCCACGGGCGUGAUUCGCACUCGGGUUGUGCUCGAUCACGAGGAGCGCAGCAUCUACCGGCUGGGUGUGGCAGCCACGGACGGUGGCCAGCCGCCCAAAGAGACGCUGCGAAUGCUGCGCGUCGAGGUGCUGGAUCUCAACGACAAUCGGCCGACAUUCACCAGCUCCAGUCUGGUCUUCAGGGUACGAGAGGACGCUCAUGUGGGGCAUGUGGUGGGCUCCAUCACGCCCAGCGAGCGGCUGCUGCUGCUGGACAACAACAGCUUGGAGCAGUCCAACACGGAGGAUGAUUUGCGCGUCACGUACACACUGAAUCCUUUGACCAAGGACCUCAUUGAGGGCGCCUUUGACAUUGAUCGUCACACGGGCAACCUCGUCGUCGCCCGCCUGCUCGAUCGCGAGCUGCAAUCCGAGUUCCGACUGGAAAUACGCGCCCUGGAUACGACGGCCAGCAAUAAUCCGCAGAGCAGCGCCAUCACGGUCAAGAUCGAGGUGGCCGAUGUCAAUGACAAUGCGCCCCACUGGCCGCAGGACCCCAUCGAUCUGCGUGUGAGCGAAUCCACGCCCCUGGGCGCCAUUGUGCACAACUUUACGGCCACGGAUGCGGACACGGGCACCAAUGGGGAGCUGCAGUACCGCCUGCUGCGCUACUAUCCGCUGCUGAACGAGACACAGGAGCAGGCAAUGCCCAUCUUUGCCAUGGACUCGCUGACGGGUUCCCUCAGCCUGCAGGCGCCGCUGGACUUUGAGGCCGUGCAGGAGUACAUGCUCAUUGUACAGGCACUGGAUCAGUCCUCCAAUGUGAGCGAACGACUGCAGACCUCCGUCACAGUGAGGCUACGUGUCCUGGAUGCCAAUGACAAUGCGCCAGAGUUUGUCUCCCCCCAAACAAAGGGCGGCUCAGCCUCUAUUUUCCUCAGCGAUGCCACACGCAUUGGCGAAACGGUGGCACACAUUGUGGCCCUCGAUCGGGACGCUGGCGAGAACGCGCGCCUCACCUACGACAUUGCGGGUGGCAAUGGCGAGGGUCGCUUUCGCAUUAACUCGGCAACGGGUGUCAUAGAACUCGUCAAGUCACUGCCACCUGCCUCCGAGGAUGUGGACAAGAAUGGACGCUUUACGCUCCAGAUCAGCGCCAAGGAUCAUGGCAUGCCGGAGCCCAGGAAGAGCACGCUCAGCCUGCAGCUGCUCGUCCAAGGCAGCCACAACAAUCCGCCGCGCUUCCUGCAGGCGGUGUACCGCGCCACCAUACUGGAGAAUGUGCCCAGUGGCAGCUUUGUGUUGCAGGUCACUGCCAAGUCCUUUCAUGGCGGUGAAAAUGCAAAUUUGAGCUACAAAAUUCCCUCGGGCAUUGCUGGCGAUCUCUUUCACGUGGACUGGCAGCGUGGCAUUGUCACCACUCGCGGCUCAUUCGAUCGGGAGACACAAGCCAGCUACAUCCUGCCCAUCUAUGUGCGUGAUGCAAAUCGAUUGGCCAGCUCCUCCUCCACUGCAGUGCGCAAGCAGCGUUCCUCGGAGAAUGGUGCCGCGGAGAGCAACAGCGGACAGCACUUUGAUGUGGCCACCGUGAUCAUAACGAUUGGCGAUGUCAAUGACAAUGCACCGGAGUUCCGUGCGGGUUCGUGUUAUGGUCUGUCGGUGCCAGAGAACAGCGAGGCGGGCGUCAUUCAUACGGUGGUAGCCAGCGAUGUGGAUGAGGGCGCCAAUGCGGACAUCAUCUACAGCAUUACAGGCGGCAAUUUGGGCAACAAAUUCAGCAUCGAUGCCCGCUCCGGGGAGCUGAGCUGUCGCCCACUCGAUCGGGAGCAGCACUCCCGCUACACGCUCCAGGUGCAGGCCUCUGAUCGCGGUCAGCCCAACAGUCGCCAGGGACACUGCAACAUCACAAUUCUCGUGGAGGACCAGAAUGACAACGCUCCCCGCUUUGACCUGCCCAAGUAUGUGGCAAGCGUGGCGGAAGAUGCGCCCAUUGGGGCGAGCGUUGUGCGGAUCAAGGCCACCGAUGCGGAUCUGGGCGUGAAUGCGCGUUUGGUUUAUUCGCUGGCCAAUGAGACCCAAUGGCAGUUUGCCAUCGACAGCAAGAGCGGACUCAUAACGACCGUUGGCAAACUCGAUCGGGAGCUGCAGUCCAGCUACAGCUUUAUGGUGCUGGCCACCGAUGGUGGCCGCUACGAGGUCCGCUCUGCCCGCGUGCCCGUGCAGCUCAAUGUCCUGGAUGUGAACGACAAUCGGCCGGUGUUUGAGCGUUAUCCCUACAUUGGACAGGUGCCGGCACUCAUCCAGCCCGGCCAGACGCUGCUCAAAGUCCAGGCACACGAUGCGGACCAAGGACUCAAUGGGGAGCUGCUGUACUCGCUCAAAGGCGAUGCUGGCAAAUUCCGCAUAAAUCCCAACACGGGCGCUUUGAGUGCCACUCAGAGUUUGGCCAGCGAAUCGGGCAGACUGCUCCAACUGGAAGUCAUAGCCAGGGACAAGGGCAACCCGCCACAGAGCAGUGUGGGACUCAUCGAGCUCCUCGUGGGUGAGGCGCCACAGGGCAUGCCCGUGCUGCGCUUCCAAAACGAAACCUACAGAGUGAAGCUGCGGGAGAACUCCCCCACGGGCACGCGGCUCCUUCAAGUGGUGGCCGUACGCAGCGAUGGAAGACGCCAAAAGCUGCAGUUUAGCUUCGGAGCUGGCAACGACGAUGGCAUCUUCUCGCUGGAUCCCACCUCCGGGGAGAUUCGAGUGGCCAAUCCUGCGCUGCUCGACUACGAUCGCUUUGCCACGCCCACACUGGCGGCGCUGAGUCGCGGCCGGGCCAUGCACUACGAGCAGGUGACAGAGGAUCCUUCUGCUGCCGAAGAGGACCGCAAUGGCACACGCAGUCAGCGCGCCUUGGCCUCCACAUCCUUUGCCCUCGCCAGCACCCAACCGAAUGAGCUGCGACUCGUGCUCGUGGCCCGCAGCUCGGAUGGCCCCAACCUCUCCAGCUACGCGGAGCUCAUUGUCGAGCUGGAGGACGAGAACGACAACAGUCCGCAGUUCUCGCAGCGUCAGUUCGUGGCCACCGUCUCCGAGGGCAACAGCAAGGGCACCUUCGUGGCCCAGGUCCAAGCCUUCGAUUCGGAUGCGGGCGCCAAUGCCCGUCUGCGGUAUCACAUUGUCGAUGGCAACCACGAUAAUGCCUUCGUCAUCGAACCCGCCUUCAGUGGCAUUGUCAAGACGAACAUCGUCCUCGAUCGGGAGAUUCGCGAUGUCUACAACCUGAAGAUCAUCGCCACGGACGAGGGUGUGCCACAAAUGACGGGCACUUCGACCAUUCGGGUGCAAAUUGUCGAUGUGAAUGACAAUCAGCCCACGUUUCCGCCCAAUAAUCUUGUGAGCGUGAGUGAAGCAACCGAACUUGGCGCCGUGAUAGCUUCCAUCUCUGCCAACGAUGUGGACACUUAUCCCACACUGACGUACCGCCUGGUCAGCGAUUCCUCUGUGGAUGACGAGAGCCUCACGCUGUUCGCCUUGGAUCGCUACAGCGGCAAGCUGGUGCUGAAGCGCCGCUUGGACUACGAACUGCAGCAGGAGUACCAGCUGGAGGUGAUUGCCUCCGAUGCGGCGCACGAGGCAAGGACAACGCUGACUGUCAGAGUGAAUGAUGAGAAUGACAAUGCGCCGAUCUUCCUGGCACAACAGCCGCCCGCCUACUUUGCCAUUCUGCCCGCUGUGGCCGAAGUGGCAGACAGUCUCUCCAUGGACUUGGAGCUGCUCUCGGUGAAUGCCACAGAUGCGGAUGCGGAGGGCAGCAACUCCCGGAUACAUUACGCCAUUGAGCCACCGAUUGAAGGCUUCUCUGUGGCUGCUGCCAGUGGUUUGGUUUCUGUGAACAUGAGUCGCCUGCAGCUGCCAGAAUCUGCGAGCGGGGAUUACUUUGUGAGAAUUGUGGCCAGAGAUGGAGGGAAACUGCCACUCUCUGGGGCCACGCUGCUGCGAGUUCAAGCCAGCGACAGUGGCUCCGCGCGAUCGCAGUUCCAGCAGACCCAAUACCGCGCACAGAUCAGCGAGGCGGCUCCGCUGGGCACUGUGGUGCUGCAGCUCUCGCAGGAUGUGCAGGAUCAAGCGUUCGUCAUUGCCGCAGGCAACGAGGAGGCCGCCUUUGAGCUGCUGCAAUCCAAGGCCAUUGUGCUGGUGAGGCCACUCGAUCGGGAGCGAAAUGAUCUGUACAAACUGAGACUUUUGAUCAAUCGGGGCGCUUCGGGUGCCUCCGCUGCCGCCUCCAAUUCGAGCGCGGGCAUCACGGUAGUCAUCACCGUACUCGAUGCCAAUGACAAUUUCCCCAUCUUCGAUCGCAGCGCCAAGUACGAGGCGGAGAUCAGCGAGCUGGCGCCGCUGAGGUACUCCAUUGCGCAGUUGGUGGCCCUCGAUGCGGAUCAGGAGAACUCUCCCAACUCCGAGGUGGUCUAUGAUAUAACUUCGGGCAACGAUGAGCACAUGUUCACCAUUGAUCUGGUCUCGGGCGUGCUUUUCGUCAACAAUCGCUUGGACUAUGACAGCGGAGCGACCAGCUAUGAGCUCAUUAUUCGCGCCUGCGACAGCCACCAUCCGCGUCCGCUCUGCAGCCUGCAGCCCUUCCACCUGGAGCUGCACGAUGAGAACGACAAUGAGCCCAAGUUCCCGCUCUCCGAGUACGUGCACUUCAUAGCAGAGAAUGAGCCGCUGGGCAGCAGCGUGUUCCAGGCGCAUGCCAGCGACCUGGACAGAGGACCUUUUGGCGCCUUGAACUACAAGUUGGCAGCCACAGCCGGGGAUGACAGCUCCUGGAAGCUCUUCCGCGUGGACUCCCACUCGGGUUUGGUGUCCUCCGCCGCUGUCUUUGACUACGAGCAGCGUCAGCGCUACGACAUGGAGCUGCGGGCCAGCGACAUGGGUGGCAAGGGUGCACGUGUCGCAGUCCGAGUGGAGAUCGACUCGCGGGAUGAGUUUGCGCCGCAAUUCUCGGAGCGCACUUACCGCUUUGUGCUGCCCGCAGCUGCCGCUCUGCCCCAGGGCUUCGUCGUGGGCCAAGUCACAGCCACAGAUGCGGACAGUGGACCCGAUGGACGCGUUGUCUACCAGCUGAGUGCACCACACACCCACUUCAAGGUGAAUCGCAGCAGCGGCGCGGUGCUGAUCAAACGGAAACUAAAGCUCGAUGACGAUAGUCUCGGCUCACACGAUGGACGGGACAUAAGCCUCGUCAUCUCCGCCUCCUCCGGCAGGCAGAACUCCCUCACUGCGAUGGCCGUGGUGGAGAUUGCGCUGGAUCCACUGGCACAUCCUGGCACGAACCUGGCCAGCGCUGGCAUCAACGGUGGAGGCGGCACCAUGGGCGAUUGGGCCAUUGGGCUGCUCAUCGCCUUCCUGCUGGUGCUCUGCGCUGCCGCGGGCAUUUUCCUCUUCGUUCACAUGCGAAGCCGCAAGCCGCGGAAUGUGGUCAAGCCACAUCUCAGCACGGAGACGGUGGGCGUGGGCAAUUCCAACAGCUACGUGGAUCCCAGCGCCUUCGACACGAUCCCUAUACGCGGUGGCAUUUCGGGUGGUGCUGCAGGCGGCGCCUCGGGGCAGUUUGCGCCGCCAAAGUACGAUGAGAUUCCGCCCUUUGGCCCACAUGCGGGCAGCUCUGGCGCAGCCACCACAUCGGAGCUGUCUGGCUCCGAGCAGUCCGGCUCGAGUGGCCGCGGUUCUGCGGAGGACGAUGGCGAGGAUGAGGAGAUUCGCAUGAUCAACGAGGGACCGCUGCAUCAUCGCGGUGGCGUCGGCGGCGGUGCCGGGGGCAGCGACGAUGGACGCAUCUCGGACAUCUCCGUGCAGAACACGCAGGAAUAUCUGGCGCGUUUGGGCAUCGUGGAUCACGAUCCGAGUGGCAGUGGUGGUGGCGGUGGCGCCUCCAGCAUGGCCGGCAGCAGUCAUCCCAUCCCGAUGCCCAUGACCAUGCCCAUGGUGGACUCGCUGCACAUGUUCCACGACGAGGAUGCGGCCACCGCGCGCUCCGACAUCACGAAUCUCAUCUACGCGAAGCUCAACGAUGUGGCUGGCGGCAACGGAGGCGGCUCCGAGCGUGGCAGCAGCGCGGAUGAUGCUGCCACAACGGCGGGCAGCAUUGGCACCAUUGGCACGGCCAUCACGGGCCACGGCCAUGGCACUGCCAUGAUGGGCAGCUACGGCGAGGUGCCCGUGCCCGUGCCAGUCGUGGUGGGUGGCAGCAAUGUGGGCGGUUCCCUCAGCUCGAUUGUGCACAGCGAGGAGGAGCUGACGGGCAGCUACAACUGGGACUAUCUGCUGGACUGGGGGCCGCAGUAUCAGCCGCUGGCGCACGUCUUCUCGGAGAUUGCGCGGCUCAAGGAUGACACCAUGUCGGAGCAUAGCGGGCACAGCGGCAGCGGCGCCUCCUCCUCCGCCAAGAGCAAGCACUCCUCCUCCCACUCCUCCGCGGGCGCGGGCAGUGUGGUGCUGAAACCGCCGCCACCGCCCACCCACAUCCCCCCGCCGCUGCUCACGAAUGUGGCGCCGCGUGCCAUCAAUCUGCCCAUGCGCCUGCCGCCGCACCUCAGCAUGGCCGGUGGCCUGCCGCGCUCGCCCAUUGGCCACGAGGCCAGCGGCAGCUUCAGCACCUCCUCCGCCAUGUCGCCCUCGUUCUCGCCGUCGCUCUCACCGCUGGCCACACGCUCGCCCUCCAUCUCACCGCUGGGCAGCGGUCCGCCCACCCACCUGCCGCACGUCUCCCUGCCACGCCAUGGCCAUGCGCCGCCGCCACAGCCCACGCAGCGGGGCAAUGUGGGCACAAGGAUGUGAUAGAAGGAGCAGUGGGAUUCAUUUCCGAGGAGCGCUGUACAUGCAUCAUAGUAUUACUUGCAUCCCCCCCAAGCCCAUACCCUUACCAGCACCCUCACACUUGCCACACGCACACAUUAAUGCAAAAUACACACACACAUAAACACCCAUUAAUGUUGUAUAUAUAGAUACUAUUUGAUAGUUAGGUUCGAUAUUUACCUUAUGGUAGCAGUACAUAGAUUUAAUUACACUCGAAAAAGUUAGAACUGAAUUUUUCCG